UUAGCCCUCUGUCCGCCAGAAGCAGACACUACCCCAUUCAACCAACGGCGCUGGGGCGCCGUGCGCAAACCGCGCUGAGUUGGGCCUCGGCGGCCGCCGUCACCGUCAGCUGAGCGGCGUCACGUGGCGGCGGGCGCUGUGCAGAGCGGUGCUCCCCGGCGUUUCUCCAGCGGUCAGCGCUGCUGCCGGCCUGCCGGGGGUGCAUUCUAAAUAUCAGUUAAGAUGGAUAUCCGAGGUGCUGUAGAUGCUGCUGUCCCAACAAAUAUCAUUGCUGCCAAAGCUGCCGAAGUUCGGGCAAACAAAGUAAACUGGCAAUCCUACCUCCAAGGGCAGAUGAUCUCAGGUGAAGACUGUGAAUUUAUUCAAAGAUUUGAACAGAAAAGAAAUCCAGAAGAGAAACAGGAGCUGUUGCAAACAGAAGGCAAUCAAUGUGCUAAAACAUUUAUAAACUUGAUGACUCAUAUCUCCAAGGAGCAGACAGUUCAGUACAUUCUGACUAUGGUUGAUGAUAUGCUACAAGAAAAUCAUCAGCGUGUUUGUAUCUUCUUUGAUUAUGCAAAACGUGGUAAAAACACUGCAUGGUCCUACUUCCUGCCGAUGUUGAAUCGACAGGAUCUUUUCACUGUGCACAUGGCAGCAAGAAUUAUUGCCAAACUGGCUGCUUGGGGGAGAGAACUUAUGGAAGGCAGCGACUUGAAUUACUAUUUCAACUGGAUUAAAACUCAGCUCAGUUCACAGAAGCUACGUGGUACAGGGGGUUCUGUGGAAACGGGAGCAGUCUCCACAAGUGAUAGUUCUCAGUAUGUACAGUGUGUUGCUGGAUGCCUGCAGCUGAUGCUUAGAGUCAAUGAGUAUCGCUUUGCCUGGGUAGAAGCAGAUGGGGUAAACUGUAUCAUGGGCGUCUUGAGCAACAAAUGCGGCUUCCAGCUUCAGUAUCAGAUGAUUUUCUGUGUGUGGCUGCUGGCAUUUAGCCCUCAAAUGUGUGAAUAUCUACGUCGGUAUAAUAUUGUUCCAGUGCUGUCAGAUAUUCUUCAGGAAUCAGUCAAAGAGAAAGUAACUAGAAUCAUCCUUGCAGCAUUUCGGAAUUUGCUGGAGAAGUCUACUGAGAGAGAAACUCGCCAAGAGUAUGCUCUUGCCAUGAUUCAGUGUAAAGUUUUAAAGCAGCUAGAGAAUUUGGAUCAGCAGAAAUAUGAUGAUGAAGACAUAAGUGAAGAUAUCAAGUUUCUGCUGGACAAGCUUGGUGAGAGCGUGCAGGACCUUAGCUCCUUCGAUGAGUACAGUUCUGAGCUCAAGUCAGGAAGGCUGGAGUGGAGUCCUGUACAUAAGUCUGAGAAAUUUUGGCGGGAGAAUGCUGUAAGAUUAAAUGAGAAGAAUUAUGAACUACUCAAAAUCCUGACAAAGCUUCUGGAGGUUUCUGACGACCCACAAGUGCUUGCUGUAGCUGCUCAUGAUGUGGGAGAAUAUGUACGGCACUAUCCCCGUGGGAAACGAGUGAUUGAACAACUUGGAGGUAAACAGCUAGUAAUGAACCAUAUGCAUCAUGAAGACCAACAAGUUCGUUAUAAUGCACUGCUGGCUGUGCAGAAGCUGAUGGUUCACAACUGGGAGUACCUUGGGAAGCAAUUGCAGUCAGAACAACCUCAAACGGCCACUGCACGGAGCUAAACACUUCCAUCAGUGCAUUACAGAUCAUGCUUCUAUCUGGAGUAUGUUUGUCUUUUAAUAUCGAGAAAAUAGUGAAAUCCAUGUUCUUCGCCUGCUACUAGUGCAUAAGCUUUCCAGCUUUCCUCCAGUGUUGUUGGCUUAGUAAAAAUUUGUUCAACUAGUUCUGAUGAAUAUGUCUAUCUUCUUGUAAUACUCUGAAUGUAUCUAAGUAAAUAUGGCUAAUAUGUUGCAUUUGUUUGAUGUAUUUAUUCUCAUAAUAAAGAAUAUUAUUUUCAUUCCAUGUCACAAUUAACCUAAGAAAAAAUGUUCUGUUCUUUGAGUGAGUUAUGUUUGCUUUUCCUGGAAAGUCAAAACACCAAUAAGUCCCUAUAUAUAAUCUACAGAGAAAUUAAGAGCCUUGACUUCGUGUUCUGUAGGGAAUGUGACAGCAUGAGAACUGUUGAUUAACGGUACAAAUAAAUACUGAGUCUCAAAAUAGUGUUAAUAUUGUAAAUAAAAACAAAUAUGGGGGGGGGAAUUUUGAGUGGGGGAUUUUUCCUUUUCUGAGACAAAAAAUGUGUACAAGACGGGCUGGGAGAUGAGAGGAAGAAACUCAUCUAAUGCAAAUGGAUGUGGUAAAAAUUAUUAGUGGAGCUGUAUAACAUAAAUGUUAAAAUUAUAGGUUGAAGAUCAAGUAAUUUAUGCUCUUUAAUAAAAAAUGUUCGGUAACAGUUGAA